AUGGCUACCUCCACCAGAAGGGUGGAACAAACUAACACAGAUGGAUCUGCUCAGGGAAACCCAGGUCCAACAGGGGUGGGUGGUCUAAUAGAGGACACCUCAGGUAGCUUUAUUGCAGGUUUCAAGGGGGACACUGGAAGAUCUACAAGCUUGGUUGCUGAACUUAGGGCGCUGAGAGAGGGAUUUAGAAUGGCAGAAAUGCUUCAGAUACCCAAGCUGACAAUCAAUUUCGAUGCUCAGGUGACUAAAGGAACAGUUCUAGGAGGUGAGGAUAAAGCCGGAGAUGCAGGAAUCCAACCAGUGUGCUGA